GAGAGGUCGCUGCCCUCUAUUUCCGCCUCCUCCGCCUUCCCUCUGCGCUGUCCAUUCUGGGGCAGCCUUGGCCAAAGUUCUCCCGGCAGGCCUUGCGGCGGCGAGGGCCAAGCAGCUGUCAUGGCAGCUCCGGCAACCCCAGCGGCCCCCUCGGGUCCGGCCAGCCCGGCGGGUCCUCCGGCCAGGGACCUCUUCGCGGAAGGGCUGCUGGAGUUCCUGAGCCCUGCCGUGCGGCAGCUGGACACCCACGUCCAUGCGGUCAGAGAAAGCCAAGUUGAACUGCGGGAACACAUUGACAGCCUCGCCACAGAGCUCUGCCGAAUCAACGAGGACCAGAAGGUAGCACUUGACCUGGACCCCUACGUCAAGAAACUGCUCAAUGCCCGGCGAAGAGUUGUCCUUGUGAACAAUAUUCUGCAGAAUGCACAGGAGCGGCUGAGAAGACUCAACCACAAUGUGGCAAGGGAGACUGCCCGCAGGAAGGCCAUGUUGGAAGUCAGCGGCAGCUACCCCCACGGCUCCCCCAGCAAAUGAGGAAGUGGGCCUUAGGCGUGGACAGAGUGCCAGAAGUCACGUGCGAUUUCUGGGGCUGCAGCCUUCUCCUCUGCAGUGACUGCUAGCAUGCAAGUGACUGCUAGCACACCAUGAAGCGGACAGAGGAGGACUUCAGCUGGGUGUAAGCUUGGACAUUGCGCUGUGCAGGAAGCCUCCAUGUAGUAGGUGAGGAAACUACUGCAGAUUUAACAGCUUCACCCUACAGAUGGGGGCAGGGGCUGGGUCCCCUUCAGUGCUUCCUUGAGGGACCCAGUAAGGUGAAGUUGGUGCAAGUGGCUGGUUAGUGGUCCAUGAGUAACACAAGGUGGACAAGAAGAGUGCCUCCUACUGGUGCAAUAAAAUAUUACUGCUACUCUA